AGCCAACGAACAUGCUGGACGUGAGGGCCAUUUUGUGGCUGGAGACCUACCUGCAGACCUGGCAGUCAACCAUCCUCGUGGUGUCCCACGACAGGAACUUCCUGAACGCGGUGGCCACAGACAUCAUUCACCUGCACUCACAGCGGUUGGACACGUACCGUGGGGACUUUGAGAACUUCAUGAAGAUUAAGGAGGAGCGGCUGAAGAACCAGCAGCGAGAGUAUGAGGCCCAGCAGCAGUACCGUGAGCACAUCCAGGUUUUCAUCGACCGCUUUCGCUACAAUGCCAACCGGGCCUCUCAAGUGCAGAGCAAGCUCAAGCUGUUGGAGAAGCUGCCAGAGCUGAAACCUGUGGACAAGGAGUCUGAAGUGAUCAUGAAGUUCCCCGAUGGUUUUGAGAAGUUCUCCCCCCCAAUCCUGCAGCUAGACGAAGUAGACUUCUAUUAUGACCCAAGUCACUACAUCUUUCGUUCCCUCUCCGUCUCUGCUGACCUGGAGUCCCGCAUCUGUGUGGUUGGGGAAAACGGAGCUGGCAAGUCAACCAUGCUAAAGAUCUUAAUGGGGGAGCUGGCACCAGUCAGAGGGAUCAGACAUGCUCACAGAAACCUAAAGAUCGGCUAUUUCAGCCAGCACCACGUGGAUCAACUGGACUUGAACAUCAGUGCUGUAGAGUUACUGGCAAGAAAGUUCCCAGGGAAGACGGAGGAGGAGUACCGGCACCAGCUGGGCAGCUACGGCGUCUCGGGGGAGCUGGCCGUGCGUCCCGUGGCCAGCCUGUCUGGAGGCCAGAAGAGUCGCGUGGCCUUUGCCCAGAUGACUAUGUCCUGCCCAAACUUCUACGUCCUGGAUGAGCCGACAAAUCACCUGGACAUGGAGACCAUUGAGGCACUGGCAAAGGCACUGAAUAAGUUCCGGGGUGGUGUAAUUCUGGUGUCCCACGAUGAGCGCUUCAUCCGCCUGGUGUGCCAGGAGCUGUGGGUGUGCGAGAAUGCCACCGUGACCCGCAUCGAGGGCGGCUUCGACCAGUACAGAGACAUCCUGAAGGAGCAGUUCCGGAAGGAGGGUUUCCUAUAA